AUGCUCAUGCUUCCCCCUUCCCCCAUCUACGGCAUGUAUCCCCCCAUGCUGCCCACUCCGCCCCCCACUCCGCCCGCGCGCUGCUAUGCUCCGGAAGACCGCUUGGGACUGCUCCUGGCCAACCGGCUGGAGCUCACCAGCAUCCUGGGCGUAGGCGCCUAUGGUGUGGUCUACACGGCCGUCGACAUUCAUACCAAUGUCCUGUAUGCUGUCAAGGCCCUCAACAAGUCCGGACUGGAUGCUCGCCAGCUCAAGUUCCAGCAGCGGGAGAUCAAGCUCCACCAUAUGGCCAGCCAGCACCCCAACGUGGUCUCCCUGGUGCGCAUUAUGGACUCGGUGGAUUGCACCUAUGUAGUCAUCGAGUUCUGCCCCGAGGGUGACCUGUUCUCCAGCAUUACUGAGAAGGGCAACUUCGUGGGCAACGACCUACUGGUCAAGCGCGUGUUCCUGCAAAUUCUGGAUGCCGUCCACUUCUGCCACUCGAUUGGAAUCUACCACAGGGACCUGAAGCCGGAGAACAUCCUGGUGACAGACCAGGGCCUGACGGUCAAGCUGGCGGACUUCGGUCUGGCGACCACUGACUAUCUGACAUCCGACUUUGGUUGCGGGUCAACCUUCUACAUGUCUCCAGAAUGCCAGCAACCAAGUUCGCGAUCGGUGACGUGCUACGAAUCAGCGCCCAACGAUGUGUGGAGUCUCGGGGUCAUUCUGGUAAACUUGACGACCGGCCGCAACCCGUGGAAACGGGCCUCGAUUGAGGACUCGACGUUCCGCGCAUAUCUCAAGGAUCCGUACUUUCUCAAGUCCAUCCUGCCCCUGUCCGAUGAAAUGAUUUGUAUCCUAAGCCGUAUCUUUGAGUGCGACCCUUCCAAGCGGAUUACCAUCCCGGAGCUCCGCCAGGUGAUCUUGGAUUGCCCGCGGUUCACCAUGAACCCUGUUAUCCCCUGGUCCAGCGGACCCGUUGACUAUCUCAACCCCGUGCCCGGGCCCGUGGACACGUUCAACACGCAAUCUUCCGUAUCGUCUGGAUCCUCUCAGUACUCCGACUUCUCGAACUCAGUGGUCUCCAGUGCUUCAUCCUACACGGAAGGCUAUCCCGACAUGGACAGUGUCUCGUCGAUGUCUUCUGUGGGAUUCGAGACUGAAGACUGCAAGGACUUCUACCCUACGGACCCGAUCCAGGCUCCCGAGGGACACGUCAUUCCUUUCAGUUUGAUUCCUGUUUAUUGA